UUCAGUCACGAUCUGCUAACCUUACUUUUUGGAGUCGUGUAUUUUAUUGAGGUUAAACCUCCAUAAACCAGAAAAUUACAUCAAACACUCCAGGAAAUGUUUAAAUAUUACAGUAAAUUUUUAUCGACAUCAAAUUUCAACCGGCUUUUGUUAGCCGAAUUUAGUACUUCAAAUGCGUUAAGAGAGAAAUGGGAUCUCAUAACAGCGGUUUGUCUAGAGAGGAAACCUGUCGUAACACAAUCUCUCACAAAACUUGAAGAAGAUUAUAAAAAAUUAUUAGCUCAAAUUGAAUUUGAACGAAGUCUCAAAUCAGACCAUGAAAUGCGUCACGAGAAAGAAUUGAAGCAGCUGGAACAAUUAAAAAAGGGGGAUGAUGUAGAAGUACAUUUUAAAGAAACUGCUCAAGAUUUUGUGGAUGCAGGGACUGAAGAAUUGACAAAAUUUAAAUUUGCAAGUCGAAUUACAGAAGCUGACAAGAAGAAUGAUGUGAAAUCACUUAACAGGAAGUUGGAUAAACAUCUGGUACUUGUUGUGAAACAAAACAUUGGGAAAGAUAAUUUGUAUUUGCUACCACAAACUCUAAGACAAGACGGUGAAACAUUGCGGCAGACAGCAGAAAGAAUUUUGCGGGAUACCUGUGGUAAAGAAUUGAAAGCAAUGAUUUAUGGAAAUGCACCAUUUGGUUUCUAUAAAUAUAAAUAUCCAACUGCUGUUAGGAAGGAAAAUGAAACAACUGGGGCAAAGGUAUUUAUUUAUUUUGCAAGAUAUGAGAAAGGACAAGUGGGAAACAAGAACUUGGAAUACAAGUGGCUAGAUAGGACAGAACUUCAGAAUAUUUUGCCUAAGGAAUAUGGACAAAGUGUAUCACAAAUGCUAAUAAAUGAAUAAAACUUA